AUGCCUACUCUCGUCGGACAAGAGGUCGGACCUACCGGCUACGGCACCAUGAGAAUGACAUGGACGAGCACGCCCCCGGCGCAAGACGUCUGCUUCGAGACCUUGAACAAGACUUUGGAACUGGGUGCGAAUUUCUGGAACGGUGGCGAGCUCUACGGCACGCCGGACUAUAACUCACUGCAUCUGCUGAAUAAAUACUUCACCAAAUACCCGCAGAAUGCAGAGAAGGUCGUGCUGAGCAUUAAGGGAGGACUGAAGGCUGGCCAGCUCACGCCGGAUGGAUCGGAGGAGAAUAUUCGCCGGAGCGUGGACAACUGCCUGCGCCUCCUGGAUGGGAAGAAGAAGAUUGACAUCUUCGAGUGCGCGCGACAGGAUCCGAACUUCCCGGUAGAGCACACCGUGGAGGUCCUGGCGCAGUAUGUGAAGGAGGGCAAGAUUGGAGGCAUUGGGCUCAGUGAAGUGGAUGCUGAGACGAUCCGACGAGCUCACAAAGUGCACCCGAUUGCGGCAGUCGAGGUCGAGAUGUCGCUAUGGUCCACCGACAUUCUCGAGAACGACAUUGGAAAGACCUGUGCCGAGCUUAAGAUUCCGGUCAUCGCCUACUCGCCGCUCGGACGGGGAGUCCUGACAGGAGCCGUGACUUCAUUGUCCGACAUUCCCGAGGGCGACAUCCGGAGACACAUGUCUCGAUUCCAGGAAGAGAACUUCCAGCAGAAUCUGAAGCUGAUCAACGAGGUGAAAAGCUUGGCCGCGCGAAAAGGUGUUGCCCCGUCUCAGAUUGCCCUGGGCUGGAUUCGCAGCCUGAGUGACAAGCCCGGCAUGCCGACCAUUAUUCCAAUCCCUGGAGGCACAACUAUCGACAAGGUUGUUCAGAACAUGGUCGGAGUGAAGCUGCUCUCCGAUGAGGAGCUGGCAGAGAUCGAUGCGAUCUUGAAGGAGCACACGGUGGCCGGGCCUCGCUACUAA